AUGCCGAGCGCUUCAUCGCCCAUUACGUUCCCCGCCAGUUCCUCACCACCGGCCGCGAAACGCACGAGGCCCGCGGCGGCCGAGCCUACAAAACCCAAACCGAAGGUCAACAGCGGGUUCCUCCUCGACGAUGACUCCGACGACGACGACGAUAAUGCGCAACAACCUCCGCUCAAGAAGCAGCUGGUGGAUUUCACCGCUCGCUUGCAGCGCCCAGCGCCUCUGACGACCAUCCCUGACGAAGACAUUCUCGAGCCGAUAGCACCAGCGCCUCAAAAGACAAACGAUCGUGUCACUCCCGAACCUGCACAGACCUUACCCACCGAAAGACCGUCGAGUCUCGCUUCGACUCUUCUCAGCUCAACGCCAUCCUUUCUCCAGUCCUCCAGAACCUUCAAUCUUACGACAUGCGCCGGGACGUCCACCACCAUCAAGCAACGGAAGCCGACAACGAACACGUCUUACGAGAGCAUCAUCGCUGCGCGCUCCAAGACGAAGGAGGGAAGGGCGAAACGCGCAUAUUACGGCAUAGACAUCAACGAGCUCAUUGAUGCCGCGAAACAGGAAGCAUCCGAAUCACGCCGGCCACAGCGAACGGAGAGCGAUGUACCAGUCCGCUCGGUGGAACCGUCGAUCACUGGAAAAUCACAAAAGAAGACGCUGCUGUGGACCGAGAAGUACAGGGCCAAGAACUUCCUGGAUCUUUGUGGCGAUGACGGCACGAAUCGGAUGGUUCUCCGCUGGCUGAAGCGCUGGGACCCAAUCGUGUUCCCCGGUGUUGCGAAGAAAGCCCCUAUUGUGCGAAGACCCGGCGCGAAACAGGUCCAAGAGGAGGAGAAGCCGCACAAGAAGAUCUUGAUGUUGACGGGACCACCGGGUCUCGGAAAGACUACUUUGGCGCAUGUCUGUGCCAGACAGGCAGGGUACGAUGUGAUGGAAAUCAAUGCCAGCGACGACCGAAGCCGAGACGUGGUCAAAAGCCGCAUACGAACCUCCCUGGGAACCGAGAGCGUCAAGACUGUUGAGAAUGUAAAAGCGAAGGACGGGGAAACACUGCAAAAGGUCGCGAAACCAGCCUGCGUAAUAGUCGAUGAAGUCGACGGUGUCGUUGGCGGUUCUGGUUCUUCUGGAGAAGGUGGCUUCGUCAGGGCCCUGAUCGACCUCGUGCUCCUUGACCAGAAAAACAGUGCUGGUGCCUCUAACGCCGCAAACCGGAAGAAGAAAAAGGGGGACGACUUUCGGCUGAUGCGGCCGCUCAUUCUCAUUUGCAACGACGUUUACCACCCUUCCCUCAGACCACUGCGGCAAUCAGGCAUGGCGGAAGUCAUCCACGUCGGGAAGCCGGGCAUCGAUGCUGUCGUCACGCGGCUCAAGGCUGUGCUUGACAAGGAAGGCAUUCCCUGUGAGAAGGAUGCCGCGCGUAAGAUCUGCGAGGCUGCCUGGGGCAUUACGAGUGGCAUCGACGCAAAGCGCGGCGCCGAAAGCGGAACGGAAGGUGAUCUUCGAGGAGUAAUGGUUGUUGGCGAGUGGGUCGCAGGUCGUUUUAGAGCCGCUGCUGGAUUCAACGAUCGUUUGACGAGGCAGUGGCUCGAACAGAAUGUGCUCCACGACUUGACCAACGGCGCCGGAGGGGGGAGGGGGCUCGGACGAGGCAGCGCCAAAGACAUCGUUACGCGUAUCUUCCAAGAAGGCGGCGGGUUCCCGAAGCAAGCCUUGGACACCUCUCAAAACUUCACGCAUAAGCACGAGCAGCCCAAGAGCCAACUAGGCUUUGCAGAGUAUCACAAGAAGAAUGCGAUGGAGCGGUUGCGGCACAUGAUCGACACCAGCGGAGAAGUCGACCGGAUCAUGACCGACAUAUUUCUGGAGUAUCCCAACAGGGAGUUCAACGACGACUCCUUUCUGUCGAAGCCAAACGCCGCGUACGACUGGAUGAACUUUUUAGAUACCUGUUCAUCACGCACCUUUGGAAGCCAGGAGUGGGAGUUGGCGCCCUACCUCAGCCAGCCGAUCCUGGCCUGCCACAGCCUGUUCGCCUCGUCCCGUCGACAUCAGGUCACGAUGGGGUACGAUAAGAAAUGGGGCGGCGGAGAGGAGGAUGACGAGCCACCAGUGCCGUUCUCUGGACCUCGAGCCGAUUUCGCAGCCCACGAAGCGCUGAAGCAAAACAAGGCCAUGCUCCAGGCCAUUCAGGCACAGCUAACUCCCACGCUGGGACGGUCGUUCCGGAGCGCCGAGGAUAUCUCCACGGAGUUCAUGCCGUACUUGGUACGCAUGGUGUCGCCGGACGUGAAGCCCGUUGUUAUUGGCGGCAGCGGCAUCAGUACGGCCAGCGUGCGAAAGGAGACGGAGAAGGCCAUGGUCAAGCGGGCGGCCGAAGUCAUGGCGGAGGUCGGCAUUGUCAUGCAAAAGGGCAAGAUCGAGACAGAUUCUUUGGUGAAUAGGGGGCCGCAGUGGGUGUACCGGAUGGAACCUGACCUUGACGCCCUUGCGGUGUAUGAGACGGCAGGCAGCCUGGUGCUCUCCAGCCAGGCCCCGACGCGCUACGCCGUGCGGCAGGUGCUGGACCAGGAGUUGCAAAAGACCAUCACGCUGCGCGAGGCCGCGGCGCGCCAGGCGCGGUUCACGGCCGGCGGUCCCAUGGGACUCGAGGAGAUUCCCGUGCACGAUAACAAGGAGAACAUACUCAAGGAGCAGGCGAGGAUACUCGAGGCGAGCGUCAAGAGGGACUUUUUCGGACGCAUCAUCCCGGCGCGGCCGCUCGGCGAGGUGGACGGCAACGCGAAGAGGAGAAAGGGGCACGAGCACGAAAAGAGCGACAACAAGGUUUGGGUCACGUACCACGAAGGUAUGAAUAAUGCUGUCAGGAAGCCUAUCACGCUGCAGGAGUUUAUGAAGGGGAUGUAG